AUAUAAAGGAGGCGAGCCAGAAGCUCGUCAGACACGGAGCGCUUUAUAUGGGAUUAAAACUUGGAUCAGCUUGAGCUGCAGCAGCGGGAACGAAGCGCUUAACUUCUGAACAUCUUAACGGCCUGGACUCGGAAACUGACAGAUGACCCUUCUUAUCACCAUGCGACGCCACAGUCUGCGCUUGCAGCACCAGCUGCACCGCUGGAGCAUCUGCACGGAUGCCAAUCACCUGCUGGGCAACAGCCUGGCACCGGGCGCCCACAUGCCACGCUCCCGCUCCUGCACCAGCUCCGCCGGCGUCCCCUGCAGGGAGAGCUGGUCGUCGGCAUCCUCCGACUCUGUGGUCUCCACGGAAUCGGGCAGCAGCCUCUAUAACGUGGUGCUGAUCGGGGGAAACGGUGUUGGCAAGUCGGCGCUGGCGAGCAUUUUCGCCGGGGCGGAGGACAGCAUGGACAGCGACUGCGAGUUGUACGGAGGACAAAUCUGUGAACAAACAACCGUGGUCGAUGGCGAAAUUGCCACAAUAACUUUAUUGGACACAUGGGACUGCCAGGAACAGGGCAGUUGGAGCCAGGAGCAGUGCAUGCAGGCGGGGGACGCCUACCUGAUCGUCUACUCCAUAACUGACCGCGAGAGCUUCGAAAAGGCGUCUGAGCUUCGCAUCCAGCUGCGCAGAGCCAGGCAGUCAGAGGACAUCCCCAUAAUCUUGGUGGGAAACAAGUGUGACCUCGUCAGGUGCAGAGAAGUGUCAGUCAGUGAGGGAAGGGCGUGCGCUGUGGUGUUCGACUGCAAGUUCAUCGAGACGUCGGCGGUGAUGCAGCACAACGUGCAGGAGAUGUUCGAAGGCAUCGUGCGGCAGCUGCGGUUGCGGCGGGACAGCAAGGAGGCGAACGAGCGGCGGAGGGGCUUGAGUCGCAGGCGGGAGAGCCUGCCCAAAAAGGCCAAGCGCUUCCUGGACAAGCUGGUGGCCAGAAACAACAAGAACGUGGCAUUCCGCCUGAAGUCCAAAUCAUGCCAUGACCUCUCCGUGCUGUAGACACACGCCUCAGACACACAUCAAUCUACAUUAGAUUACGCUGUAAAAUAUGGCAGUGCUCUGACCUUCUGCCUGUGACAGGCUGGAGAGCCACAUGGGAAUAUUAUGCCUCAUUAUUAUUACGUUGAAAUGUGUAUUGGUGGUAUACUUACAAAUGGGGGGAGGGGGGGGGAUUGAGCCCUGAGGUGUCGAUGGUUCACUUUCUGACAUUGUUCAGAAGUCAACCAUUACCGAUUAACUACUCUGUCAGACAACCUUGGCUCACUAAAGUAGAAAUAGUGACAGUAGUUACUAUGUAAUCCUUGGCUCACGAUUGAAGUUUCACAAGUGCUUUGAUCUGGUUACCAUGGCAACCUUAAGAGGCAUGUUCAAGUAAUAUAUUUAUGUAUAUUUAUCUGUAUUUGGAAAGGUUUGCACAUUUUGUAAGUUAACUUCGAAGAUAUCUUGGAUAUUUGGUAUGAAUAUUUGUCAACAAGUAAAAGUAACGUCUAACUAUAUUUUACUAUAUGUUGUUGUUCAUACAAUUAUUUUUCGAAGGUCUUUUUAUUGAUUUAUUUAUUAUAUGUGUUGUAAAAUGUAGAUAUUACC